CAAAGCGUGGGUGUGGCACAUUACAGCGAUAAUACAGAUCUUGAUGAACAAGCGAGCAUCGUGAAUGCGGAACAGGCAGCGCACGCACAUGAAGGUGGAACAAAUGUAGGACGCUUUACUUCGCGACUCGGUGACCGGGCAGUCAUACUGCUCUCCUACGCAUUUGGGCGCCUGGGUGUUGCUGACCCGGAAUUGUGGGACCGUUUGGCAGGGUCUGUCGUAACGCGUUUGGAUCAUCACAGUCCGCAACAUUUGAGUCUCUUUACAGCUGCCUGUGUGCGGGUUGGUCAUUUUACGCCCUUGGCUUAUGGGCAUGAGACCACGAACAAAGAUCACUUAGAGACGGGGAAACAUGAUACCGGGGGAAAGACUUAUUUUCCUGAAGGAGGGCGAUGGCGAACUCGAAAGGUAAAGUUCGAGCCUGUUGAGGGAGAUGAUGUCAUACCGAAACGUCGUGCGGAUCGUUUACUAUGCUCUAAGCCUAAGGUUGCAUCCAAUAGAGGUAAGCACGAAAGAACAGCCAAAAGCAAACAAUUGGAGCUGCAAGACGUGCUGGAACGGAAAAGCAUAGAGAGAAGGCGUCGUCGGAAACUAAAAAAGGAUCUCGCUCUUGGACGAGGUCCUUCCUCUGGUUCCUCUUUGGAAAGAGAAAAGCAUUUGGAGAACCGCAUCCGAAGUUUGGGUUUGAACAUCGUGAAGCCGGAUACCCAGUCGGGGGAGCUACGUUACUGGGUGAGAAACCAAGUCCUUGACCAGUGUUGCGGUGACAAUGGCUUCGUCUAUAAGAUGAAUCGUGAAAAGACUCGCCAGCACCAGACUAAAGAAGAACGACCUCAUUCAUAUUUCUUUGACAAGGUACUAGAGCAUUUGAUGCAGCGCAGUCGGACCUGGAGAACCGAUGAUGCUGGAGGGAUUAUAGCAAGUGCCAGUGACUACGGUCAGCCAGAAGCAACAGAAAGCGCAAGGAGGGAAGACCCUAUAACAAGUGCGACUGCAAUCUUGAAAAACAACAAUUCAAGCAAAAGAACUACAAGCAGCAUGAUGAAGUCGCGUCAUUUGUCAGGAUUCACAAGCAGACAAUUGGUGAACCUCCUUGAUGCAAUUGCUGUUGCGAAUCCAACAUGUUUGGGGAAUGAAUUUCUUUCCGCCGCAUUGAUGGAAUAUGUUAACCAGGCAGCAGAACAGAAGCUAGUGCAGGGUCGGCCAAGCACGCAGCUAGCACGGACACUAUUUGCGCUCACGCUCGAGCAUGGUGACAAAAUGCGUGGCAUGCCGCGUUCAGUUUUGGUGCUCUUAGAAAAAUAUGCGGGGUCCGUGUGCCAGCUACGGCAGCCCCUGUUUCUACAUGGGGGUUCAUCAUUGUUGGAUGAUUGCGAGGAAGAGGGUGCAGCAGAUGCUGAAAUGCAGAAUCAAGGUCAGGAUGAGUCGACCAAUCUUGAUCAGAAGCAGAAAUCAAGAAUGGACGCUGAACCUGAAGAUCAUGGCAAGCAAAAAAGCAGCUCGUCUCCCAGAGAGGAAGAUGAUAACCUGGAUAUUUUUGGGGAGGAUCACAUGGGUUUUUCCGAUCCCACGUGCACAUCUUCUCUUGGAAUAGAUACUUAUGGUGCAGCACCAAACGCGUCGGUGUCUGUGACCGGUGCUCGGGAGACAAGGCAUCAAGUGGAUCUUUUCAAUGCGAAGGAAAAGAGCGAAAGCAAGACUUUGAAAGACCAUGGUCGCAAAGGAUCUGAUCGCGGCCCUGUUCGCACUUCUUGGAAAAAGCAGCAAGAGGGUGCAGCGCUGAGAAAGAUUUUUGAAGAUUGUCAGGUGAGCGACUAUCGUUCUGACGUGCGGAAAGGGCCUUUUACCUUGGAUAUCGAAAUCGAAGCUAGCAAGAUUCCGGAUCAAUUAGCAGAAACUCAAGCACAAGGUCAACGAGCUGUAGAAGUACAAAUCAAGGUUGGUAUCGAUCUUCUUAGUGAGGCAGCGUACUGUCCCCUGUCAGGCCAAGAGCUGGGACUCGUGCGCUUUAAGCAACGAAUCUUAUCGCGAUUAAAGUACCCAUAUGUGCCUAUAAAGCGGCGUCGUCUCUUCGCCGACGUCUCAUCUGAUGCAGUGUACAAAUCUACCCUUUCAACUUCAAGACCAGGAUCUCCAGCAAGGGCGAGGGGGAAGAAUAGAUGUGAAGAUGCUAGCUGCACUCUUGGAACAAAAAACGAUAGUGUUGUAAGGGAGCAGAGUAUAAUUGGAGAGCAGCAAGGUGGCAGCUGGAAAGCCAACUAUGUACGGCGGCGAAUACGCGAAGCCGUCAAAGACGUGAAGAAAGACCAGGGUUUUUUUGACAAUUAUAGAGCAAGCCGCCGGAAAAAUGUAAGAGCUUAGCUCAGUCGAGGGUUGUGCUCUUGCUUACAGGAAAUAACCAAGCAUAGCAUCAACUUCAACAAGGAUGGAGGACAUGGUCAUCAAGUGAGCACCGACUAGAGCUAAUGAAUCGCAAUCACGAUUAAUCCAUUAGAAUCGAAGGCAUUUGCUCAUACCUGGAUAUUCUCGUUCUUGAUUAUUGAAAAUGAACAACCAAUGCUUAUUUUUUUUUCCAACGGCGCAUGCCUCUUCAGCAUUGCUUAGAAGUGAAUUCCUCGCAUAAGUGUAGUGGUAAGAUCGCACGGCUACGACCACUACCAAUCAUGUUGUAUGUAUACUUGGAGGCAGUUUGACGGAAUCGAAAUCUUCAAGGCAUAGGCGGAAAGUAGAGCAAGACGAACUUGGCACUAGGACGAUGCUGGAUCUUGUUGCGAAAGCAUGAAGAUUGAUACGGAUACGAAGCGCGUGAAAGCAAACUUCUUCUUCU